CGAAAAAUCUAACGAAAAAAGAGGCAGAUUGGUAUCCUGGUCGUUCUUUCGUCUAGUGCUCACAAACGAAUUACGUAAUCCUCCCUUUUGAACUUGUCAACCGUACAGUACCAAUAGGCCAAAAUGCAAUUUCCGGCUGGCAGCCUAGCAAUUCUUGCCUCCAAAGUCGGCAGCGAUGAGCUUUCGGAUGGGCGUUCCUUUAUCGAAAACUGGAAUCGCUUUCAUCGUUAUCAAAAAAGUAAUGAAGACGCAGAUGGACUAUCAGCUUCCCACGAAAAGCUCAGGAACAAGAGGGGCACUCCCCGCAUGGYUACCAAGAUUGUGAACGAAAUCCAGAAGCUUCGACACGUAGUGGAAUGUGAUCCUCUGGCAGAAACAGAGGUCGAGGACKAUCGACGACUGAGUGGACAAGAGCUUUCCACCUCGUUUACCGCAAACCACGACAAUGUCGAUGAACUCGGUAUCCUAGCUGCACCUUUUUCUUCCCCUACCUGUGGAGUGGGAAGAAAAUGCCGGAAAGCAACCUCCGAAGAAGCAUCUUCGCUGGGUGGCAUUUGCGAGGAUAUCGACGGAUGGGACUACCAAGAAUUCCUUCAUCGUCGAGGACUUCAAGAAGCAAGCGGUAAUUCUACCGAUUCGCAAGGCUACGAUCCGAACAACAUUGUACAGACUAUGGAAUUCGCAUGCGAAAAUGGCGGCCUGGUGGGGUACGACUGUGAAUGCGAUUUCGACACGGGCGACGCAUAUGUCGGAACUGCUGUCUGUACUACCCCUAUAUCAUGCAGUACCACMGAAUCUCUCUGUGGGGUUCCAGUCACGGAUUGCUACAAGUCGACUUAUUACGUGUCCUUGCAAGGCCAACGCGGGAUUUGGGACGCCGAAUUCUGCCUCGAAUUCCUGGAACCCUACGCACAGACUGCGUGUUACAAGACUUCCACAAUCGACUAUGGUGUUACACCAAAUAGUGAAUGCGACAUCUCGCUAGAUGGAGAAUACUGUUCAUCGUGCGAGGUCUACAAAUUUCGCGAUUCGAAUUGCUACGUCUUCGACUGCGGCAACACAUCACAGUCAGGAAAGGGUCACGGAACAAGGAGCGGCAACACCUGCGACUUCCCCGCUCAUGGAAUAGGGUUCUUCAUCGAAUCAUAUGGCUGCCCAUCUUGUGACAUUUGUCAAUCGGACAGUCCAUUGGAUCCUGGGAUGGUCAUGGCCAUGACCGAGCCAGAAAACAGCGUGGUUUUCUUCAACACGACAUAUGAUUGUGACUAUGUCCAGCAGGUCUCCCUCGCGGGAUUGUUCACUCCCGAUUCUUGCAGUUACUUUGCUGAAAUUGCAGGGGAUGCUUGUGGUUGCGCUGCAGUCAAAGCCACUGAUCUCGUUUCGACUCCGGCGGAGUCUGAUUUACCUGUAACCGAAAACAUCAUUGUUACCACCGACUCUCCCACUUCGGCACCAAUAGAAAAUGGAGAAUGCAAGAUCUGUCCUGACGGGGUGUCCAAUCCUGAUGGUAUCAUCUCAUUUCCUGGAAGCAAUGCGAGCACGAAUCAAAUCUCAUGCGCCGAGGUAGAGCUUGCGAUUAUGGCAGGUAGCAUCUCAGGCAAUGAAUUGUGUGAGGCCGUUCAGAAGGAGGCUCUUGGUCCAUGCUGUGGGGUUGCUGCGGAUGAAGACGAAACCAGUAUCGAAUCCGUCAAUGAAAGUGAACCUCAAUCACCGCCAUUGGUUAGCAUGGAUGGAGCGGAGUCCGACCACUGUACCCUCUGCGGGGAUGGCAAGUUUCACACAGAGGUCGGCAAUAGUGUGAGUGUUCCAACACAGGGCAUCUUUACUUGCCAGCAACUCUUGGACAUGGGCAAGAACGGAACCCUAGACAACAAAGGGAUCUGCCUCUUGGUACAAACUUUGGCUCAAACUCCCUGCGGUUGCAAGGCUGAUGGGAUCAUAACAGUUCCGACGGAAGCUCCCGAGGCUUCCGAGGAAGAAGCCACUUCUUCGUCUUCCCCGCUCUACUCUGGAACACCUGCCCUGUUUGUCUCCGCAGCGGCCACGGCGUUUCUUGURGCGUUGUCUUCGUGGAAUUUUUUGUAACAAGCGARCAAGGCUUUUCUUCGCCGUUUGAGAUUYUCUUGUCGAAAACACUCCGUACCGUGGAAAUCUCGCCGGCGUUGUCCGCCCGGUCGUCUCCUGAUGACUGCAUACUCUAGGGCUAAAUUUAACUGUGA